AUGGCCCCCCACCGGGAGGACACGGAGGAGGCCCCUCCAGCAGAGACCUCGCAGCAGCCGGGAGACCGCCUCCAGAAAGAACAGCAGAAGGAAUUGGCCUCUCUAGAUCAAGAAGAUGCUCCCAACACCGAAAUGGACGAAAAAAGACAAGCCGCAUUGAUGACAUCCCUAGAACAAGGAGAGAUAAAAGCCGCAGCAGGAGCACACAAAUACACGGUUUCUGCUGCCUCGGUCCAGAAGCUGCAAGAUCUGCUGCUUCUUCCUGCUGCGGAGGCCGAGGCUGCUCUGCAGAAAUCCCAGGGAGACUAUCUUAAGGCAGCGCAGCUGCUGCUUGAGCAACAGCUCUGA